CGUUUAAAAAGCGCUACCAAGAGUACAGAAGUCACAUAUGAACCUGUAAUCUAAAGGUAUCUACUUCGUGUGGCACACAAAACGAGUUUGAGAAACGUUUUGAAACUUUCAUUGUGAAUCUGUAACUCUUAUAGGACUUUCUGAAACACCAUGAAGUGGCUUUUAAUUUCUUGCAUCACUGUGAUGGGUAACUCUUAUAGGACUUUCUGAAACACCAUGAAGUGGCUUUUAAUUCCUUGCAUCAUUGUGAUGAUUUACCUGCUGAUGCAGCAGUUUCAAGCCUUCAUCGUCAUAGAAUCGAUGGUGAAUGAAGCCCUGACCCUCCCGUGUAACUGCUCAGGAAAUUGUCCAGUAGUUCAGUGGAUCCGCUUCAUUCCUGACAAUGUUGUCAUUGUUCAGAGCUGGAUGUGUUUAAAACAAGAGAAUUUUAACAAAAGGUUUACACUACCAGAAGAUACAAGCAGAGGAGAUUUCUCCCUGAUGAUCAGUUCAGUAGCCUACACUGAUGCAGGCUAUUACAUGUGCAGCUGUAAUGAAAAAUCAGUGACUGAAGUAGAGCUGAAAGUUAUCAUUGCGACAGUUGUAAAGGCUUUCGAGGGGAAGAACGUCACUCUCCCGUGUUACGGAGACACUCGACAAGUCGUUAAAGAUGUAAAGUGGAAGAAAGAUGGACACAAGGUCCUGCUGUACACUCCUGCAAACAGAUGGAUGACUACACAAAACAGAUUCACAAUGUCAGUAGAAGGCUUUCUACACGGUGAUCUCUCUCUUCACAUCUGUCCAGUUCACCUGUCUGAUACAGGAUUAUAUCAAUGUCUCAUCCACGAUGAAUCUCAGGACGGAGAACCACGAGCUGUGUUACUGAAGGUAGAAGAGCUACAACAAUUCACAACCACCAACAGCGCUCCAGAUUCAGGUUGGUUUGUACUGCCAGGAUUGUUCAUCUCUGUAGGGAUCAACAUCAUCGUGCUGAUUAUUUACAUUAUGAGAAAAUGUAGAGACCUAACCAAUUUAAUCCAAGUCUCCAGGAUCUUUAGCUUUCCUGUACAUCACUGUAUUGCCCUGUGUAUUUCUUUUAUUCUGUGUGUUUAUUGUUCUGUUCUCAUCAUAUGUGCAACAACAGAAAUUUUGAAAAACGUGCAAUUUUACCUCUGUGCAAUAUGUCUUUCAUUGUAACCACUACUCUUUUUGUAUAUUUUGUUUUGUAUUUAUUGUAUAUUAUAUUAUGUCUCUAUUCUUUUUAUAUAUUUUGCUGCUGUAACAGAGAAAUUUCCCC